GUCAAAUCAAUUUCGGUAAAAGCAAAGCGUCUCGAACUGUCUAUUGCGGUCGUUCGUCGUGGUGUUUUUUCUUCGCGAUUUUAUCGUUAUAAUUUGUCCUGAUUAGUUUGAAAAGUUUUGCGUACGUGUAUAACAACGAACUUGUAGCGAACCAUGAACCGUCGUCGAGCCUACGAGGAUGACGGUGAUUUUUACGGAGAACGAGCUCGCAAACGUCGCCGGGUCUCGGAAAACCAGGAGAUGGAAGAACGUCUGGAGGCGCUUAUUUUGAGAGUAGGUGAAAAUAGUACCUCUUCUCUGGAGUCCAAUCUGGAAGGUUUGGUCUCGGUACUGGAGUCAGAUUUGGGUAAUUUUCGCAGUAAAAUUCUGCGUAUUUUAUCUGAAUGCCCUAUUAAGAUGCCGGAAAAGUGUACUAUCUACUCGACUAUGGUUGGGUUAAUGAACGCGAAGAACUACAACUUUGGCGGAGAGUUUGUUGACCAUAUGGUGAAGACAUUUAAGGAGAGUUUGAAGCAAUGCAAAUGGGAUGCAGCUAGAUAUGCUCUGCGCUUUUUGUCAGAUUUGGUCAAUUGUCACGUUAUUUCUACCAAUUCGCUGCUACAAUUGUUGGAUAACAUGGUUGAUGCGGCAAAUGAAGAUGCAGUUCCUCAGGUUCGUCGAGAUUGGUACGUGUUUGCGGUGCUUUCAACGCUACCCUGGGUCGGGCGAGAGUUGUACGAGAAGAAAGAAUCUGCGCUGGAAAAUCUGUUGGUGCGUAUUGAAGUGUUUCUAAACAAACGAACCAAGAAGCAUCAUAAUGCGCUACGAGUGUGGUCGGUAGAUGCACCCCACCCUCAGGAGGAAUAUCUGGACUGCCUUUGGGCACAGAUUCGCAAGCUUCGUCAGGAUAAUUGGGCGGAGAAGCAUAUUCCCAGACCUUAUCUGGCAUUCGAUUCCGUCCUUUGCGAAGCUCUGCAACAUAAUCUACCGGUGAUUCAUCCACCACCGCAUCAGGAUUCUUUCGAGUAUCCCAUGCCUUGGGUGGUUUAUCGUAUGUUUGACUAUACGGAUUGUCCAGCUGGACCGAUUUUGCCUGGUGCUCAUUCGAUCGAACGGUUUUUGAUUGAGGAACAUUUGCACUCGAUUGUUGAAACCCAUCAUUGGGAACGAAAAGAUUGUGCGGCUCACCUGCUGAAUUUGGCGUACAAGGACAAAAUCCCGCUGGAGUAUUGUAUCGUUGAAGUAAUAUUUGCUGAGCUUUUCCAUAUGCCCACACCACGAUAUCUGGAAAUUUGCUAUGGAUCGAUUCUGAUUGAGUUGUGUAAGCUGCAACCAUCGAAGAUGCCUCAAGUGUUGGCCCAAGCAACGGAAAUUCUGUUUAUGCGAAUCGAUUCCAUGAACACUAGCUGCUUCGACCGUUUCGCUAACUGGUUUUCGUAUCAUUUGAGUAACUUCCAGUUCCGUUGGAGCUGGGAUGAUUGGGACAGCUGUUUGCUGCUGGAGAUGGAACACCCAAGACCGAAGUUUAUUCAGGAGGUGCUGCUGAAGUGUUUGAGAUUUUCGUACCAUGAUCGUUUCAAGGAGAUGAUGCCCGAAACAUACUCGAAGUUGAUUCCGAAACCACCGUUGCCGAGUUACAAAUAUACGAUGGAUGGCGCUGCUUCCCUCCCUGGGACAGCCACUGCCCACAAAUUGGUGGUCGCCAUCCGUCAGAAGUGCACCCCGGAGGAUGUGCUGAACGAGCUGAAGGAUUUGCCCAAUCCACGUGAGACAUCCGAGAACGAUAUGGUCGAAUCGACAUUCAAUCCGCUAAAAAUCGACGUGUUCGUACAGACGUUGCUUAAUCUGGGUUCGAAAAGUUUCUCUCACACCUUCGCAGCUAUCUCCAAGUUUCAUCACGUGUUUAAGUCACUAGCUGAAACCGAGGAAGCGCAAAUCUGCAUCCUACACAAUGUUUUUGAGCUAUGGGCAGAUCACCAGCAGAUGAUGGUGGUAAUAAUCGACAAACUUCUGAAGACACAGAUCGUCGAAUGCUCGGCUGUUGCAACAUGGGUCUUUUCAAAGGAAAUGGUUGGCGAGUUUACCAAGAUGUAUCUGUGGGAGAUUCUACAUCUGACUAUCAAAAAGAUGAACCAACAUGUCGCUAAACUGAGCAAAGAGCUGGGCGACGCCAAGGACAGACUGGAUCGAAAUGCCGAAUCCUCGUCGAGCGAAUCGGAAGAAGAAGUUGUAGCGGGUGCGGUGGCUGUUCCACGUCGUCGUAAAAAGACCGCCGGGGACGAUGCCGAUAAACCGACGGAAGAACAAGUGGAGCGGAUGGAGGAGAAACUGGAGGCAGCAUACGUCGAUCAGAAACGGCUGUUUUUGAUCAUCUUCCAGCGGUUCAUUAUGAUCUUGUCAGAACAUCUGGUCAAAUGUGACACAGACGGUCGGGACUAUGAUACAGAUUGGUAUCGCUGGACGGUUGGAAGGCUGCAGCAAGUGUUUAUGUUGCACCACGAACAAGUCCAGAAAUACAGCAGCACGCUGGAGAGUCUUUUGUUCACAUCGGAUAUCGAUCCGCACAUACUAGAUGUGUUCCAUCAGUUUACAGCGCUUAGAUCGUAAGGUUCACGUCACGUUAAGGUACGUAAAAUCGAGGAACAACACAGUUUUUAAACCAUCCCUUGAAUAUAACGGAUCCUUAUCCUAAUGGAUGAAAUGAAGCACUAUGGAUCAUUGUAAUAUUAAAGACACGUAUUACAUUUACACUGGACAAAUGCAUAAGUUUAUUUAAC